GCUGCAGUUCGAGAGCUCGAGCUAGCGUGAGGCGGACAAUCUGAAGGACGGAGCGGUUUUUAUUUUAAUUUGACGAAAAAAUUAUAAGAAAAGGCCACUUAUUUUCCACAGAUUCUAAUUCCGAAAGGCGAGAGCAUUCAAAAAGCACCUGAAUCGCGGAGGUCUCCAGUUCAGUCAUAAUGGCUCAACGGGAUGCAGAGCGAUAUCUCUAUGUGGACAAAAAUGUCAUCAAUAACCCAUUGACACAGGCUGACUGGGCAGCAAAAAAACUGGUGUGGGUGCCCUCAGACCGUCAUGGAUUUGAGGCUGCCAGCCUCAAGGAGGAAAUUGGUGAUGAAGCAGUACUUGAGUUGGUAGAAAAUGGCAAGAAAGUCAAAGUCAACAAGGAUGACAUCCAGAAGAUGAACCCGCCCAAGUUCUCCAAGGUGGAAGACAUGGCAGAGCUGACUUGCCUGAAUGAGGCUUCUGUCCUGCACAAUUUGAAAGAGCGUUACUACUCAGGGCUAAUCUAUACUUACUCAGGUCUUUUCUGUGUGGUAAUCAAUCCAUACAAGAAUCUGCCUAUCUACAUGGAGGAGAUUGUUGAGAUGUACAAGGGAAAAAAGCGGCAUGAGUUGCCACCUCACAUCUAUGCCAUUGCAGACACUGCAUACAGGAGCAUGUUGCAAGAUCGUGAAGACCAGUCAAUCCUGUGCACCGGAGAGUCUGGUGCUGGUAAAACAGAAAACACCAAGAAAGUGAUUCAGUACUUAGCUCAUGUUGCUUCGUCACAUAAAUCUAGAAAGGAACAACAGUCUACGGUGUUAGCAUACGGAGAGCUUGAGAGGCAACUGCUCCAAGCCAACCCUAUCCUUGAAGCCUUCGGCAAUGCAAAAACUGUGAAAAAUGACAACUCUUCCAGAUUUGGUAAAUUUAUUCGAAUCAACUUUGAUGUGAAUGGCUACAUUGUUGGAGCCAAUAUUGAAACUUAUCUGUUAGAAAAGUCUCGUGCCAUACGUCAAGCCAAAGAUGAACGUACCUUCCAUAUAUUUUACUACCUACUUUCUGGCGCUGGAGAACACUUGAAGACUGACCUGUUAUUAGAAGGUUACAAUAACUACAGAUUUCUUUCUAAUGGUCACGUUACCAUUCCUGGGCAACAAGACAAGGAUUUGUUUCAGGAAACAAUGGACGCAUUCCGAAUCAUGGGAAUUCCUGAUGAUGAACUAAUCGCCAUGCUGAAGGUUGUUUCUGCAGUACUUCAAUUUGGUAACAUAGCUUUCAAGAAGGAACGUAAUACAGACCAAGCCUCCAUGCCAGAUAAUACAGCUGCCCAGAAAGUCUGCCAUCUGCUGGGAAUCAACGUAACUGACUUCAGCAGGGCGAUCCUUACUCCUCGCAUUAAAGUCGGGAGGGACUAUGUUCAGAAAGCUCAGACCAAAGAACAAGCUGACUUUGCUGUUGAGGCUUUGGCCAAAGCCACUUAUGAGCGUCUCUUCCGUUGGCUGGUUAUGCGCAUCAACAAGGCACUGGAUAGGACCAAGAGACAGGGUGCCUCCUUUGUGGGCAUUUUGGAUAUUGCUGGCUUUGAGAUCUUUGAGCUGAAUUCCUUUGAACAGUUGUGCAUUAACUACACAAAUGAAAAGCUGCAACAGCUUUUUAAUCACACAAUGUUUAUCCUGGAGCAAGAAGAGUACCAGCGAGAAGGAAUUGAAUGGAACUUCAUUGAUUUUGGCCUUGACUUGCAACCUUGUAUUGACCUAAUUGAAAAAUCUGCUAGUCCUCCUGGUAUCCUGGCUCUGCUCGAUGAAGAGUGCUGGUUCCCCAAAGCCACUGAUAAGACAUUUGUGGAGAAGGUGGUGCAGGAGCAGGGAACCCACCCUAAGUUCCAGAAACCUAAGCAGCUAAAAGACAAAGCUGACUUCUGCAUUAUUCACUAUGCUGGAAAGGUGGACUACAAAGCGACUGAAUGGCUGAUGAAGAACAUGGACCCCCUGAAUGAUAACAUUGCCACACUAUUGCACCAGUCCUCUGAUAAAUUUAUAGCUGAUCUCUGGAGGGAUGUGGACCGCAUUGUUGGACUGGAUCAAGUUGUAGAGAUGUCCCAUACAACAUUGCCUGGUGCAUUCAAAACCAAAAGAGGAAUGUUCCGCACAGUUAGUCAGCUUUACAAGGAGCAGCUUUCGAAAUUAAUGGCCACGCUCAGGAACACCAAUCCUAACUUUGUGCGCUGUAUUAUUCCUAACCACGAGAAGAAGUCUGGAAAACUGGAAGCUCACCUUGUUUUGGAACAGCUACGAUGCAAUGGUGUCCUUGAGGGUAUUCGUAUCUGCAGACAGGGAUUCCCCAACCGGAUUGUGUUCCAGGAAUUCCGCCAAAGAUAUGAAAUCCUUACUCCUAAUUCCAUUCCUAAAGGUUUCAUGGAUGGAAAGCAGGCUUGUGUACUCAUGAUCAGAGCUCUGGAGUUGGAUCCUAACCUGUACCGGAUUGGACAGAGUAAGGUUUUCUUCCGUGCUGGUGUAUUGGCUCAUCUCGAGGAAGAGAGAGACUUGAAGAUCACCGAUGUCAUCAUUGAAUUCCAAGCCUUGUGUAGAGGCUAUUUGGCAAGAAAGGCCUUUGCCAGACGCCAGCAGCAGUUAAAUGCCAUGAAGGUGAUACAGAGGAACUGUGCUGCUUACCUGAAAUUGCGUAACUGGCAGUGGUGGAGACUGUUCACAAAGGUGAAGCCAUUGUUGCAAGUAAGUCGACAGGAGGAGGAAAUGAUAGCCAAAGAGGAUGAGUUGGUCAAAACCAAGGAGAAACAGUUGCAAACAGAAAAGAGAAUGUCUGAGCUGGAGGAGCAACAGACCCAGUUGCUGGUUGAGAAGUCUGCUUUGCAGGAGCAACUACAGGCUGAGACUGAGCUCUGUGCAGAGGCUGAGGAGAUGAGGGCACGUCUUGCAGCCAAGAAGCAGGAACUGGAGGAGAUCCUGCAUGACCUGGAAGCGCGCGUAGAGGAGGAGGAAGAACGCUGUCAGCAGAUGAUGACAGAUAAGAAGAAAAUGCAGCAAAACAUCCAGGACCUAGAGGAACAGCUGGAAGAAGAGGAGGCAACUCGACAAAAGUUGCAACUGGAAAAAGGUACUGUUGAUACAAAGCUGAAGAAAAUGGGUGAUGAUAUCUUUCUGCUGGAAGAUCUGAACAAUAAACUCAUGAAGGAAAAGAAAUUUAUGGAGGAGAGACUAGCAGAGGUUAAUACUAAUCUUUUAGAAGAAGAGGAGAAGUCCAAAAGUCUGAACAAGCUCAAAACUAAACAUGAAACCAUGAUUACAGAUCUGGAAGACCGUCUGAGGAGGGAAGAGAAGCAGCGACAGGAAUUAGAGAAAAAUCGCCGUAAAUUGGAGGGAGAUUCCUCUGAUUUACAUGACCAGAUUGCUGAACUACAGCAACAGAUUGCAGAGCUCAAAGCACAGUUGGCUAAGAAAGAGGAGGAACUCCAGGCUGCACUAUCCAGAAUAGACGAAGAAGCUACACAAAAGAAUACUGCCCUGAAGAAAAUCCGUGAGCUUGAAUCUCAAAUUAGUGAGCUACAGGAGGAUCUAGAAUCUGAAAAAACUGCUCGAACUAAGGCUGAUAAACAGAAGCGAGACCUUGGUGAGGAGCUGGAGGCUUUGAAAACAGAACUGGAAGAUACACUUGACUCAACAGCUGCCCAGCAGGAACUCAGAGCAAAGCGUGAGCAAGAGGUGAACCAGAUGAAGAGAGCUUUGGAAGAUGAGGCAAAAACCCACGAACUGCAGAUCCAAGAGAUGAGACAAAAACAUUCCCAGAUUGUGGAAGAUCUGUCUGAGCAACUAGAACAGACAAAACGGUUCAAAGCUGGAGUGGAGAAGGCCAAACAGGCACUGGAGAAUGAACGCAACGAGAUUAGCACUGAGGUGAAACGUCUGAUGCAGUCCAAGGCUGAAUCUGAACAUAAGCGGAAGAAGGUGGAGUCCCAAAUGCAGGAGCUGCAGGUUAAAAGCACGGAUGGAGAUCGGACCCGAGUUGAGCUCAGUGAGAGAGUCAGCAAGCUUCAGAGUGAAUUGGACAACAUUACUGCCCUCAUGAAUCAGGCGGAAAGCAAGGCCAUUAAACUAACCAAGGACCACAGCACUCUGGAAUCCCAACUACAGGACACACAGGAGCUGCUUCAAGAAGAGACUCGACAGAAGUUGGGUUUUAGCACCAAGCUGAGGCAAAUGGAAGAUGAGAACAAUCGCCUCCAUGAGCAGCUGGAAGAGGAGGAGGAAGGAAAAAGGAACUUGGAGAAACAGAUGUCCAACAUUCAGGCUCAGUUGGCUGAGUUCAAGAAGCGCCAGGAGGAUGGGAAUGCAUCAUUGGAGUUUGCCGAGGAAGGUAAGAAGAAGCUUCAGAAAGACAUGGAAGUCUUGACCCAGCGUUAUGAAGAGAAAACAGCAGCCUAUGAGAAGCUAGAGAAGACCAAGAACCGUCUGCAGCAGGAGCUGGAUGAUCUGAUUGUCGGUCUGGACUACCAACGGCAGAUUGUUUCCAAUCUUGAGAAGAAACAAAAGAAAUUUGAUCAGAUGCUGGCUGAAGAAAAGAACGUCUCCUUAAAGUACGCAGAGGAAAGGGAUCGGGCUCAGGCUGAAGCUCGCGAGAAAGAGACCAAGACCCUAUCGCUGACCCGUGCCCUGGAGGCAGCUAUGGAACAGAAGGAAGAGAUGGAGAAAACGAGCAAGCUGCUGCGUACAGAGAUGGAAGACCUAGUUAGCUCCAAGGACGAUGUAGGAAAGAAUGUACAUGAGCUGGAAAAGUCAAAACGUGCUCUGGAGCAGCAAAUGGAAGAGAUGAAGACUCAGCUGGAAGAGCUGGAGGAUGAGCUCCAGGCCACUGAAGAUGCUAAGUUACGUCUAGAAGUAAAUCUGCAAGCCAUGAAAGCCCAGUUUGACAGGGACCUGCUGAGUAAGGAUGAGCAGAGUGAGGAAAAGAGACGCCAGCUAAUUAAGCAGGUGCGAGAGAUGGAGAGUGAGCUGGAAGAUGAGCGGAAGCAACGUUCCAUGGCUGUUACUUCCAAGAAGAAGCUGGAGAUGGAUUUGAAGGAUUUGGAGGGACAAAUUGAAGCAUCAAACAAAGGUCGUGAAGAAGCCAUCAAGCAGCUUCGCAAACUACAAGCUCAGCUAAAAGACUGCCAGCAUGAACUGAAUGAUGCUUGCAGCUCUCGAGAGGAAAUCCUGACCCAAUCCAAGGAAAAUGAGAAGAAACUGAAGGCACUUGAGACAGAAAUGUUUCAAAUGCAAGAGGAUCUUACUGCAGCAGAGCGUGCCAGGCGGCAGAUGCAGCAGGAGAGAGAUGAGCUGGCUGAGGAGAUUGCCAGCAAUAGUUCAGGAAAGUCUUUGGCCCUGGAAGAGAAGAGGCGCCUUGAGGCCAGGAUUGCUCAGCUGGAGGAGGAGGUAGAGGAGGAGCAGACCAAUGCUGAAAUGGCCAAUGAUCGUCUCAGAAAAGCCAAUCUCCAAGUUGACCAGAUAAAUGCUGAUCUUUCUGCUGAACGCAGCAAUGCUCAGAAGUCUGAAAAUGCUCGCCAGCAACUAGAUCGUCAGAACAAGGAGCUGAAAGCCAAGCUGCAGGAGUCGGAGAAUGUUGUCAGAUCUAAAUAUAAGGCAAACAUCACAGCAUUGGAGGCCAAAAUUGCUCAGCUGGAGGAGCAGCUUGAUGCGGAGACUCGCGAUAAACAAGCUGCCAGUAAGUUGGUGCGUCGCUCUGACAAGAGGCUGAAGGAGUUGAUGCUGCAGAUGGAGGAUGAAAGACGCAAUUCUGAUCAAUACAAAGACCAGGUUGAGAAAGCCAAUUCCCGUUUGAAGCAGUUGAAACGGCAGCUGGAGGAGGCAGAAGAGGAAGCCCAGCGUGCCAAUGCUUCCCGCAGAAAACUGCAGCGAGAACUUGAAGAUACUACUGAAACUGCAGAUGCAAUGACCCGUGAAGUCAGUGCACUCAAAAGCAAGCUCAGGCGUGGGGAUGUGGGAUUCACUGUGCGCCGUACUGCAGGCAGAAAAUUGGAUGAAAUCUCAGAUGAUGAUGUUGAAGGUCGUGGUGAUGCAGGAGAUCCCAAAGCUGCUGAAUAAAUGCCAAAACUCCAAUCUACACUCAGUGUAAACACCAUCAUUGGGCCAAUUGUUAUUAAGAUUUUUUAAAAUGUAUAGCUGUGUAUUUUAUUCUGCAGCAAGUAACAUCAGGGCACCCUCCCCCUCUCCUUUCCCCCUCCGCUUUAUAUAACUUCUUUCUGAAUAAUUUUGUAAUGUGCUAAUAGCAUAGAACAGUUAUGUAUCAGGAAGAACAAGGCUCAUCAUAUGUGCAGCAGCGCACCCAGCGAAGAAGGGUUAAGGUUUAACCCCAACGUAGAAUUAUAUUUCUUCAAAUAAUCGCAACUCUGCAAUUCUCAGCUUGUGACCUGACUUGGCCUGGAAUUGAGCCUGUGGAGCAGUCCUUUUCAUUUUCCUUUGAUUUUUUUGUCUUUGUUUUACUUUGGGUUAGGAUUUUAGUAUUGUGAUUCAGGAAUGUAGCAUUUUGUUGGGCAGGAGGCUCUUGGAACUAGUGUCUAGUUUUAGACAACAAAACUGUUAUGUUUGUUUUGACAAUCCUUUAAAACCAUUUUGUGGGGCUCACCCAGCAUAAGUUGACAAUUCAGUGGCUUAGAAACAUCAAUGGGUGUUGUAAAUAUGGCACAAUGAUGAUCUAAAAACUCAAUUACAGAGGAAUGCCUUAACAUGUGCUAACAGCAGUUCUAUCUCAUGUGGAAAUAUCUCAUUUUAUAUUUGAAGUCUUGCUGCUUGGUGUUGGUUCCUAGUUGGAGCAGGCUACCCAAUCACUGCCCGAGAGAUUUCAGUGAAUUCGAGAACAGAAUUUUGAAGUUUCCUUUUCCCUAUUGAUGUGAAUUGGCUCAGGUGGCAACAGAGAACAUUAACUUCUAACUGGAAGCCCAACUGUUCAGUUUGCCUUUGUGUUUGUUGAUGCUCAGCCAGCCAGUGUGCUUUCUCCAACACCCGUUUAUUUUCUGUGAACUUAAUUGUGACAAUCCUUCUUUUCUAGCUUAGUUAUUGGGAUAUACCUAUUUCCAUUUUCAUGGGAAAGGAGAGAAGGGAGUAUACCAUUUUUCUCCAGUUGUUGCCAAUUAAUGUUUUCAGGUAAUGACCUAGUUUGGAAUGUCAGUUUCCAGAACAUGCAGUUAACAUGGGCAUUCCUCCUAUUCUAAAAGCAAGGCUUAUAACCGGUACUGCCAGUUCUCUGUGAUACCUUCCUGUGGUGCAAAAUGCAAACAUUACAACUCCCACCUAAGCCAGUUAUUUAUGAAGUGUUCUGCUUGGUUCAGAAUGUCUGUUGUCAGAUCCCUGUGCAAGAGGGUUACAGUACUGGCCCUGGGAGAAGAGAUGCAUGCUCAUCUAACACUGCAGACAGUAAAAGUCAAACCUGGCCAGUUCCAAGAUUUCUCUGCAAAUGUUUUAAUGUGCAAUGACAUCCAAGAAGACUGUUGAAAGGAAACGCAUAGAUAUAUAUAUUCAUUUUUAUCCAAAUGAGUAUUGCUUCAUAGUUGUAUUGGAAACAGUUUUUGAUAAUCUGUUGGCUUUACUGGAUUUGUAAAAUGACUUCAUUUCCUGUGACUCUUUUAAGGACCAAAUAUAUAUUUAAAACAGGAAAAAUAUAAUCAAGAAAAAUUUGUUAAUGGAUUCUCAUUUUUUUAUAUAUAUAUAUGUAUAAUGUAACCAUUUGCUCUGGCCAAUCAUGACCUUUUUUCUGAGCGCUGGCCUCCAAUUAAAAGAAAAAUAAAACUGGAAAAUGUGUUAAAACUUAAACUGCACAGUUUUAAGUUCAGUGGCCAUGUUUGGUGAGGGAUGCAAUGUGCACUGGGUGCAUCAGGAGAUCCCACAUGCAUUUUCCCUUAUUUACUGAAUUUUUUGGGACCUUGGUUUAAUGUGUUUUACGUACACAACACAGAAGUAUUGGGCUAAGAGAGUAAAAAGUGUCUCACUUUCCUGUAUGCUGCAACAUGUUUCGCACAAGAGAAGUUGCUCCAUUUUUCUUUCUGUCAGGGUUGCUAUAGAAACUGGUUAAAUUCUCAACAGACACACACGCACUCUCAUAUAUUUUUAUAAAAGUGCCUUAAGCAUGUGUCACACCAGUGCCGCUAAACUGAAUUGUAACUGUGGUUUACAGAUGUUGCCACAAAUGUGUUACAAAUAAAGUUUAUUGAAAAAGCAA